AUGUCUACUUCUAACUCCACCGGCUUCCCUAUCACCACCUACUUGAUACCCGGCGAUGCCAACUUGCUAGCCGACGAACAAGUGUCUUUUGCCCGUGGGCAACGACACAACCAAGCCGACGUCACUGACGCCAUAGAAUUAAUGUCAGCAAAAGACGCCUAUACCUAUCUCUUUUACGAGACCGAAAAAUGCUGCCCCCAUGCGUAUCACGCUCUUUCUUCCAUGCAUACCUUCCUUGCCAUAGACCUCAUAGCUGACGAACUCCUAAAAGCCAUAGACUCAAUACAUUCGUUGGAAAGCAAGCAUUUGUGGCUCAACAGUCAGGACUUGAGUAUCUGUCGGGCACUCCGGAUGGAAAAGUUAGUUUUGGAAUCUUUGGAACGACGCUUGAGGAUGAGCUCCUUAAAUGGGCAGAUGGACUCGGCAAAGGAAUAUUUGGAAUCAGGCGGGAGGACAUUGCUAAACGAAGCUCGCACGCGGAUAGAGCAAGACGGUUGUACGAGUACUCCUCCACGGUCCCUGUCGCACCCAGACCAGACCAGUGUUACCCCGGAGCGCACUUACCACAUCAUCACCCAUCGACCUACGCCCAUCCCAUCGGAGGAAAAAUAUAUUCCCACCAUCCCAACCAGCCCGAUCUCACAAGAGUCGAGCCACUCCAGUCCCUGUUCCAUUGGGUCGAACCCAAAACCACCGUCUCCCCCAUCAUCUCCACCUCGACCAGUGCCAAACGCCCAAACCCGUUGCCUGACGAACUGA